CCGAUGCGCGGCGUUGAGAAACGCGAAGCGAUGGCGACGACGACGGCCCUGUUGAGAAGAGUCUAUCGUGACGGUGGCGGCGGCGGCGGCCCGGCCGACUGACUGUGCCAUGGAGGAGGACGCGGGCUUCCUCAACAGCCAGCCUUCCAUGGCAGAAUUCAUGACAGCGCUGCCACACGUCGGCGACAGCUUCCGGCCCGUCGCACCCAUGUGCCAGCCUAUGGAAGGCCCCCCUAUGCCGGACGCGUCGCCGCCGAACAACAAACAUCCGCAGAUCGGAGUCCCGGAGUACCCCUGGAUGAAGGAGAAGAAGACCACUAGGAAAACACACCAAGGGUACGGUUCUACCAAGUCGAGGAAUAACGAACACUUGCAGAAGACAGGCGUUCCUAGAAAUGAAAAUGGAGAGAACGGGAUGCCGCGACGACUGCGCACCGCCUACACCAACACGCAGCUUCUGGAGUUGGAAAAGGAGUUCCACUUCAAUAAGUACCUGUGUCGGCCUCGGCGGAUCGAGAUCGCCGCGUCGCUCGACCUCACAGAGCGCCAAGUCAAAGUGUGGUUCCAGAACCGGAGGAUGAAGCACAAGCGACAGACGAUGAUGAGCAAGCAGGACGACAAGGGCGGCGGAGACAGCAACGCGGCCUCCGAAGGCGAGGUCUCUGCCGACGCAGUCGACAAAAUGUCCAACAUUGGCGGCGGUGGCGGCAGCCCAGUUGAAGAGCCAGUUCGGGGAGGUGAUGGCUGCUGUCCUGUGCGGGCGGCGGCCUCUUCGCCUUCGGGCUCGGAGCCAGACGUGGACUCCAAGCCCCACUUACACGCGGGGCUCCUAGCGACCCCGUCACCCGCGCGGUCCGACAAGACCCCGACCCCCGGCACAAAAUCUGGAGACGGUGGAUUCUCCGAGCGGCCCAGCCCGCUUGGCCGCGCACUCAGUCCCGCGCAUGGCGGUCCUCGCUCUUCGACGAGCCUCUGUGCGAUGCCGAAGCCUUCCCUCUGCUCCCUGGACAACGGUCUGUGUCAGCAGAGGGUCGCCAGCCCCUCGGCUUAUCCUUGUCCGACCACGCGUGUCGCUUCUUCUCCGAACUGCCAGCUGCCGCAGCAGCAGAUGUUUGCCAACCACUGCGAUCGCACAGUACCGCAAUCGUACGGUGGACCUUGUGGGCCGAGAGGUCAAAUGUCGCCUGGUGCAGCUCCUUACUGCACCUAUCGAGCGCCUAACGCCCAGACAACCGUCAACGGAGUCAAUACCUUUAAGGGAAGUACUAUGUAUUACCAUCAACAGCCACAGAACCAAACGGGCGCAGCCAUGGCAACAACGCCAAGUAAUUGUGGGACGAUGUAUCCAGUCGCUCAAACCGGUCAAACAGCUGCUAUGCGUUCUGGUGUGCCGCAGCAUCAGCAAGCGAGGCAGCAUCAUACACAACAACAACAGACUGUGCAAACACAGCAACAGUCCACGGUCCCGCAGCAUCAUCACCAGCAGGCGGAACCAGGGCCAUACAUGUACGGCAUGGACGGCAUGAAUUCCACGACUUCCCCCCAAACGUACAUGGGGGAUUACAGGGGCAACAGCCAGGACUACAACCGCACGUAUGGCAGCGGAUACCCAACAGAAAACGGUAGCAUGGAGGACAGUCCGUACAGGAUGAACAGUGUCAACGGGAACAACGGUUAUAACUACAGCUACAGCAGCGAAGAUUGUUAUAGCUCUGAAGAGAGCCAUAACAUGAGUCAUCAAAACGGCGAUUCCAGUAUGUAUUAUGACAUGACCAACAGCAGUGGGUCGGCGACCACACGAACAUCCGAUUAUAACUCCUCUGGUGGUAAACCACAGCAGCAGCAGCACCAAGCGUACCAAUCCCAAAAUAACUAUUACGAUGUGCAGCAAAACGGGGUGGCAAGCUCCACCCCGAAUUAUAACCCUUCUCCCGAGCACUUCAAUGGCCAGAGCUCGUCAGACAGCGACAUUAACUUUAACAACUUCUAUUACGACUCCAACGGUUACUCUGGUCCUGCUUCGUGUGGUUCGAAUGAGUUCAGCUUCCUGACGAACAUAGCAAACGAGUACGCAACUCCCGAAUAUUAUCAACUGAGCUGACUGCAAGACAUCGAGUGAACGCUCGGAGUGCAAGUGGUGUCCAGGACAGCCAGUGGCCGACAGUGAUUGCACGCGAGGUUAUCAUGUGUGCGGCUCGGGCGUGGCGAAAUUCGAACUUGAUGAUGCUCGAGUAAAACAAAAAUUCGUGCGAGAUAUACCGCGCGGGCGCGUAGCAACAGCUGUCGCCUAGCACUGCCUACAAACACAUAAGUAUUGUUUCAGAAGCAAUACGCAUUUUGUCCACCAUGCUGGUGGUCGUCUCUUCUCUCAGCGGUGUUAAAAUUUUUUCUUCGAGUCAUCUGUCUGUCUAAAGCACCACCCUCACUGAUUUCAUCGUUUGCAAGGCAGUCUUUAAUCUGACCUUUCAAUGUUUCAGAAGCAGUUCCAUACUUGCAGAAGACAGCCGACAAGGCUGCCUUACAAACCUUCAAUGUUUCCUUGCAAAGUGCAAUACAAAACCAACCAGUCUUGGAAAUUAAUGCAUGUUCCUCGGAAGCGAAUGAUAAUUACUGUGAUUCUACAUUAUUUUGUUUAUACACAUGUACAUAUUGCGUUUUAUUACAGUUAUAAGAGAAACGUUACUGUGCAAUCUUGCCAAAUUCAAAACCACAUGGAAUAAUGCAUGUUCCACUAAAAUAUAUUGUGUUUGUAAAUACAUAUGAACUGUCCCUUAAACCUCGAAGUGACAGCUUUUGUCAAAAUCAUCACAAAAGAGAGCACCAAAGGGCGAGAGUAUAGCUUUUAAAUAUCGCAUACUCCAUGCUUUGUGUUGUUUCCUUGUAUAGUUGGUACUUGUACAGAUUGCAGGUGUAUAUGGUGUUUUCAGUGUCCAGAAGAGUAGUUUGUACAUAUUGUUAUCUAAAGACAACAUAUUUUGUUUGUCAGUGUCAUAUUUGAGUGAGAAUACUAAAUAUAAAUAUACGUACACAUAUGUGCAUAUAUUUACAGUAAAGCAAGCUCUGUGCAGUCAAGCGCACGUAUAGACGAAAGCUCACACACUGAUCCCAACGUAGAAUGCUUGUGCACAAGCGCUAAUCUGAAUGAAAUUAUGUCUGUCAAACAAAACAGAAAAGACUCUUUUUUCCACCUGCACCACCCUCCCACCCUCACAAAAGAUGAAUUUCAUAAUAAAUGU